AUGAGCCGUCAUAAAAAGAAAAUUCCGCCAAUUCAAAUAAAGGCGGUGGUUUACAGUGAGCUGAGGGAGAUGUCUGGAACUCCAGUCGGUGUCGACAAUACUUCUAGGAGGAAAUUUGAUAAGGAAGAGUACUUGGAGAGAGCUCGACAGAGGGAGCAGCGGGAGAAGGAUGAAGCCCGGAAAGGCAAGGAAAGGGGUCCUCCUGUGCAAAGACAGCCUUUGAAGCACAGGGACUAUGAAGUUGAUCUUGAUUCUCGUCUUGGCAAGACUCAGGUGGUGACCCCGAUUGCACCGUUGAAUCAGCAGGCUGGGUACUACUGUUCUGUAUGUGAAUGUGUUGUUAAAGAUUCAGCCAACUAUUUGGAUCACAUAAAUGGCAAGAAGCAUCAGAGAGCGCUGGGCAUGUCUAUGCGUGUUGAAAGGGCAUCACUUGAACAGGUUCAGAAAAGGUUUGAGGCACUUAAGAAAAGGAAGGACCCAAGCGCCUUUACUGAACAAGAUUUGGAUGAGAGAAUAAUGAAACAACAGCAAGAGGAGGAGGAACGGAAGCAGCAACGCAAAGAAAAGAAGAAAGAGAAGAAAAGAGAACAGGCAGCCCAACAUGAACCUGAGGACGUUGACCCUGACAUUGCUGCCAUGAUGGGUUUUGGAGGGUUCGGUUCCUCAAAGAAGUGA